AAAAUGAACAUUGUUACUCCUAGUGGAGAAAAGGUAUUUAUAGACAAACAGCAGAUAAUCGAUGCUUUGUUAGGAAACGACAAGGGCCCUUCUUUGAGUAAAAAAUCCCCGAGUAAGGUUAAAUUCAAGUCCCGUCCUAAGACUAGAGAUGCUAAAAAUAAUCGUAAAAAGAUGUUAUUUAAUAUUACUAAGAAGAAGCUAAACCCGUAUAAAUCAAAAGCUGAUCUCAAGAAUAUCCAAGAAGAAACAUUAAAAUUGAUCCCUGAAAAGAGCGAGGGUGCUUCUAUUUUUGCUAAUAUCCAUGAGUCAACUGACCAAUUAAGAGAGAUGACUAAAAACUUAAGCUCGCAAGCUGUAAUACCUACUACAAAAUAAGAUUGAUAAGAAAAAGCCGUCUACAGGAAAUGGAGCCAGGCCUAUAAUUGCUCGACCGUGGUCCCAAAUGUAUGAUAAGAGGAAGAGAAAUCGCCGGAUUAGGUCACCAAAUCCGACAUCUAAUAUGCUUCGUAAUAGAGGAGAAGACAUUUCGAAGUCAAUACGAAAUAUUUUUAAGAACGACAAAUAAUCAGAAUAAGGGUCCUUCUUCUUUUCAGAACCGAAACCAGAUGAUCCCGUUCUAUGGUAUUACGAGUCAAUACUGGAAUAUGCAAUCUGAGGGUGGCUCUGAAGAGAACAAAAUUGAAAGCAAGUUCUUGGAUGGAGGAAUGUUCAAACCAAUGGAAGAUAUUAGAAUGAAGAUAUUUUCAUCAAACUCCAGUGGCAUUGACUCUCCAUCAUCCUUUAUGAACAAAUCUAUGAGACAUAUGCAAUCGAACAAUAGCGCUAACUCCAGUAUGAUGAGUUUCCCCAGAAGGCCAAAUUUCGAUAAGUUCAAGGCACUCAGAAAUUCUCAGGAUUAUAAGCACGGGCUGAUGUCAGCAAAAAUUAUGGCAACUUCUCCCAUGAUUUCUGGUAAGAAGGAUGAACCAACACUCAUAAUCAAUAAACCAAAUUUGAGAAUUGAAUCUCCAUCAGGGAUGCAGACUGGAGCUUCAGAGAUAGACAUUAAGAUGCCUCUAAGCUCUGACGACAUUGAUAGCUAUCUUAAGAAAUAUUUCUCGAGUAAUAAAAAGCUGAAAAAGAAACCAAUGAGAAACUUUAGCGAUAAUUCUUUUGGAAAAUUAUUCACUCGAAGUCGCGGGCGAGGGAGACAAAUCAAGAGCCGAGAAUUUAGCCAACUUGGGGAUAGUCAGCGUCGGCCAGACAAAACAGUCGGUUUAUUUUCUGAGUUUGCGAACAAUUCUGAUAGAAGCAACUCUGAACAAAAGGCUAAUGCUGACAGUAAAAUUAAAGACAAACUUGAUCCUUAUAUCCAAAGUUUGAAGAGCAGGUAUCAGGGUAAAUAGGACUAGACAAACUGAGAAUCUCAAGCAUACAUCUUUGCAUAAAGUUAAUCUGCUAAAAUCGAAUAUAACUGGCAGCUCACAUUUGACAAUGCAAAGAUUUGUACAGAGCCCUUUUAAUACAACAGACUUGUAUCAGUGAAAUUUGCAGAUUUUUAAGACAAAUGAGGCCCCUCGGCUGAAGAUAGAUAGGGUUGAGAUGAAGUCGAAAUCCCCGUUGCUACUAGUAAAUAACCUUGAACAGUUAGAUAUGGGAGAAGAGUUUAACUCGAAUAAGCCAAUAUUUCUGAGGACCCUGAAGACAGCUGCUAAGCCACGUCCCUAUGUAUCCUCAGACGAGCCUAAGAAGGUUGAGAAAGAUCGGAUUAUUAGCGAAGCGAUCAAUAAUCGGCUUGGUUUUAAUCUUUAAACAUUUU